AUGGCGACGACGGCCGCGCCAGUCUUCUUCGAGCGCCAAUACGAUGGCACCGAUGCCUAUGUUGACGGCGGGCUAGGUUUCAACAGUCCCGCAAAGAUCGCCUACAAAGACGUCAGUGACAGGCAUGAUCUCCCACCAAAGAUCGUCAUCAGCGUUGGCACAGACGUCGGCGAAGUUGUCGAUGACAUGCGCUUUAUGGCGGACAGGUUCGAUUUCAAGUUCACACGACUCUCCGUCCCGAAUACCAUCCUUUUGGAGGGCCAUUGUCUGGGAGAUAUUCCACUGGAUGACUGGCGGCCCAAGCUUGGAGGACGGACCACAUUGGAAAGGCUGGAGAAUCUGACCAAUGCAUAUUUGGCCCGGGCUGAGACUCGAAGAAUGCUGGAAGAAUGCGCGCGGGAGCUCGUCUUGCUCAGACGACAACGCGCCCGGACGGAGCGCUGGGAGACUUACGCCAUGGACAUCACCUACCGGUGCUGUGCCGACGAGAACUGCCAUGCUGGGCCUUAUCUGAAGAACAGACCCAGCAUGAGGCGGCAUGUUAAUGAGGCACAUGGGGAACUCACCCGGGAGAAAAGCCCGCAGGAGGUGGAAAACCUCCUCAACACCUGCCGAGUUGCGAAAGGCGGGGCCGAAGGCCCACGUAGUCGUAGUGGGAGUCGGCGGCUGACUCGACAAGGCACCAACGGUGUUGAGUCUGAGUACGUACCGAUAUGGCACAGCUGGAGUCACUUGGAAAAGGGCGAUGCAGAGUGA